UCGCGCUCCAUAGUGUACACAGGGCGCGAGCAGCAGAUUGGUAGCAAGCUAGGAGGAUCUACCGAUAAUAGAUCGGGUAAAUGUGGUCAUGUUGCAGUUGCUGGCAGUGAGUUCGGGGAGCAUUGGCUGGGAUACCUGCAUUUCAUGUGGCGGCCGACAGAAGCUCAACACUGAAAAGACUUAAGUUCCCCCCAAACAAACAUGGGGUCUCAGUCUAAAACCCUGAGGUAAAGUGACCUUAAAUCUCCUAUCUGAUGGCAAAUUUCGAGAACUACCAAGAAGGCAAAGCCGCAAUGUUGAUGCUGGAAACGCAACAGCGGGCAAUCGGGACUAAACCUGCAGCUGCAACGGCGAACGGCGACACUUCUGUCGGGGAACCCCCUUCCGUAGCUGAUGUCGGCGGCGCUGCGUUUCAUCAAACGACUGAACAACAUCCACAGCAGCAACAGCACCUGGAAUCGCCGGCGAGGAAAGCAUCCGCGUCCUCUCUUAACCGGGCGCUUGAGGACUCUGCAGCGAGUAGCGCACACACUACUACCUCAGCUUGCCCUGCUGUGAACACGGUGUCAGACGACAUUAGGAAGUGUGGCUAUCUGAGAAAGCAGAAACACGGCCAUAAGAGGUUUUUCGUCUUGCGGGCGUCGAGUCAUCUGGGGCCGAGCAGGCUGGAGUACUAUGACAGUGAGAAGAAAUUUCGAAACACUCUGCGCUCAAACGCCGCCGCCUCAGCUGGCGCCUCUCCCCCCAAAAGAGUGAUCUAUCUCUACCAGUGUUUCACUGUGAAUAAAAGGGCGGAUUCUAAGAAUAAGCAUCUCAUUGCUCUGUAUACUAAGGAUGAAUACUUUGCGAUUGUCUCUGAGAAUGAGCAGGAGCAGGAGGAGUGGUACCAGGCGCUCAGUGAGCUCAUGAGUGAGGGCAAGAAAGGCCACCUGGAUGCGGAUGAGAUUGACGAUGGGUACGGUACUGUGACCCCUGGGACUGACUUUAAGGAAGUGUGGCAGGUAACUGUUAAACCGAAGGGCUUGGGCCAGAUAAAGAAUCUAUCUGGCGUUUAUAGGCUCUGUCUGUCUGCCAAGAGCAUUCACCUGGUGAAGCUGAACUCUGAGACACCUUGCGUGAACUUACAGCUGAUGAACAUCAGACGUUGCGGCCAUUCAGAGAGCUUCUUCUUCAUCGAGGUCGGCCGGUCUUCGUCUAUAGGACCUGGGGAGGUUUGGAUGCAGGUGGAUGAUUCUGUGGUGGCUCAGAACAUGCAUGAAACCAUUCUAGAGACCAUGAAGGCACUGAAGGCGUUUGCCGAGUUCAGGCCCAGAAGCAAAAGCCAGUCUUCUGGCACCAACCCAAUGGGUUUCAUCACCACGCGGCGACACUUGGGCAACCUCCCGCCCAGCCAGACGGGGCUCCAGCGGCGGUCUCGGACCGAAUCUGUGGUGGGCACGCCACCCAGCAGGAAGAGCAGUGGAACAAGUGGCUACCGAUUCCGCACCUCCAGCGAGGGAGAAAGCACAAUGAACCGCCCCUUUCGCUCUGUGACAGGUAGCCUUAUUCAUCUCAACACAGCCCGCGCUAACCUGAGCCGACAGGAAAGUAGCAGUGGGGCAGGGACCCGCUAUAUUCGUGCCCCGCCAGGCUCCACUUAUCAUACUCGUUCUGCCUCGCUGCCAGUGUCACACUUUCCUUCUACCACCAGUCCGAUCAGCAUGUCCAGCAGCAGCGGCCAUGGCUCUGUGUCAGACACCAUCACUCGCCCCUCCAGCGCGUCCAUUUGUGGUUCCCCGAGCGAUGGAGGUUUUAACUCAUCUGAUGAGUACGGCUCCAGCCCCGGAGACUUCCGGUACUUCAAAGUGCGCAGCAAUACCCCUGACUCCCUGGGAAACACACCACCGAUCCGUGAGGAGCACUGCCUCAAUGACUAUAUGGCUAUGGGCUGGAAUCGUGACGUGUUUGGAACGAGUGCAGCUGAGGCCAUCAAAGAUGAGAGUGCAGAUGAAGAUUCACGAUCGGGGUCUUUAAGGAGGCGGACUCCCUCCUUCUCCAGGCAGGGUGGGGGCGCUAGUGCUGCUGGAGUUGCUGUUUAUCAGAAGAUGACCCAGACCACCUUCUCGCUGGACGAGGCUGUGGCUGAGAGUAGCUCUUGGGGUGGCAGUGUCCAGACUGUCUCUACCUCCUCCUCCCUCUGCUCUGACUACAGCUCCAGUUCUGAACACAGCCAAGACCGGCCCCCUAGCCUACGGCCUGCAGACGUGCCUAAGGAUGAUGGGUACAUGCCCAUGAUGGCAGGUGUGCUGCCCUCCACUAGUGAUGCAGACUACAUGCCUAUGCAACCAAAUAUCCUCCUCUCUGCCUCUGCACAAGUCCAAAGUGCUGCUUUACAUGUUCCCCAGCACAUGGACUCUCAAGGCUAUAUGAUGAUGCUCCCAGGUAGAAGUGGGGCUACUGACUCUCCCGUCCCAUCCAGCCCUGACAUUAGCAGACGAGCAGAGGGACGAAGAGCCUCGGACCGCCAUGAGAAUGCAGAAUACAUGGAUAUGUCUCAGAGCAGCUCCACAGCUAAUGCUCAAAAGGUCUCCGCUGAGAAUUAUUAUGCCUUGACCACUCCUGGUGUCCCCAAGUCAUACAGUCCAUAUUUCUCCCUCCCUCGCUCAUACAAAGCGCCAUCCAGAGACCAGGCUGAGCAUGACGAUUACGUCCGAAUGAGUUCCCCAGCAAAACCGGUCUACAAUUCACCCACAGCCACCCCAGAUCGUAGUAGCAGGUGCCCACCUCCUGAGUCCACUCAACACAAUGGCUUCACAGACCGCCGUGCCGUUCGGCCGAACCGCCUUCCCCUUGGAAGGCGGAGUUUGCACAGCUCUCUGCGAGCAGCAGAAGUGCCGGUGCGUCCUUCCAGCCCUGGAGAAUACAUUAAUAUUGCAUUUGGAGAUCGGCCAACAUAUUCUGCCUGUUCGUUGUCUGCUGAAGGCUCCCCCUCAACCCAAAGCAUUAACCGAGAGCACCGCAAGUCUCCGCUGCCACAGGAUUACAUGACUGUCGAGAUGGAUGGUCUUCCACCAAAGAGUCAGUCCCCACGGCCCUCCCUGGUGGCCCCCUGGAAUCCUCCUUCAUAUAUCCGGCCCUCCUCAUCCUCCCACUGCAGUGGGCUCACGGUGUGUAAGCCUGAUGACUACACGGAAAUGUCUUUUGAGCCCGAGGAGGAGUCCAAGAGCCCUACAGCCAUGCUUGAACACCUGUAUGUUCUGGAGCAACACUUUUUCCCCUUCAGCCCCCCGACUGAGCCUAAGGUUGUCCGUGCUGACCCCCAUGGCAGGCGGAGACACAGCUCGGAGACCUUUGUCACAUCAUCAGGAGCGUCAGGUGGAAGUGGCCCAGACGCCAAUGGCACCGUGCCUGGCAAUAGUGGGGCUCAGCAGGUGGGCCGCAGCAAGGGUCAGAACUUUGACUGUGUUUGGACUGACGGCGUGACAUCUGGCAGUGAGGCAACACAUGGAAACUCCUCAGAUCGAGACAAUUCCCCCGCUGUGAGGUCUGCAAGGACUCUACCUGUGGAACACCAGAAUGGCCUGAACUACAUCGCCCUAGACCUGAGAGACGAUCUCCGGCCUGGGAACAGUCAUGAUGCGCUUCCCUUGCCAUCCUCCAGCGCUCCUCCCCCAGAGAACGGUGCCUAUGCCAGCAUAGAUUUAAUGAAAUCUGAGGGGCUUACAUCGGCAUCUAAAGACUAAAGACUGUCCCAUGAAGCUCUUGCAGAGAUGCCGGAAACCAUGAGAGCCCUAGCACACAACCCUGUGGCACAACAAAAGGAUCCUUUUUGUUUUAAUGGAGUUCUAUGCUUGUUUUUAUUUGUUCAUGUGCUGUCUCCAGAGCGAAUCAAUGCGUUCUGUCUUGUAUGAGUUCAGUGCUUUAUUGUGAUUUUAUUCGCUGCAAAAAAAGGGAGGUUCAUCAUAUGAAGACACCAUAAUCCAAAAGUCUUGUUGGGGCAGGUGCAUGCUGUUUACAAGCAUCAGACGUAUGUACAAAUUGUAUUUAUUUCCCAGAAAGAGUUCAGGUGCAAUUACAGAUUUUAGUGUUUAUGUUUACCGUUUGCUUAACAGAGAGAGCAUAUAUUGGUACGGUGUAGACUGCCGAUGGGAUAUGACUGUACAGCAGUAGUGUCUUUUUUACGAAUGUCUGUCUCUGUUAGGUCCUCACUUAAUGUUCCACGCACAUCUUCAAUUUUGGACCGUAGAAACCUCCUCCUUUGUACUAUCAACACUGUUCUACAGUAUCUGUGAGUGUCAGGCUAGUCAUGGUUUUUCAGUCUGCUUUACCCCAGCAGGACCCCAGGUGUUUCUCGCGGUGCCUUCUCGGCAUGUGGCACAGCCCAAACAUAGGCUUUUCGUAUCUCUUCCCGUACUAAUUUUUGACCAGCAUCUCCUUCGCUUUGCCAAGAGAGCUGUAGAGAGAGAGGGUGGAAGGAGUGGGGGCGCAGGAAAAGAGGAAGGGUCUAUUCUGGGACUCCCCAGAUGAAAUCUGCUGCAGUUGCUAAAAUGCCACUAGGAUGAGCACAGAGUUGGUGAUUUAUAUCAUCUAAAUAAAUCUAAAUUAGUUCUCCGGUUACGUUUUGGUACCCACAAUAAAUAAAUUCUAAGUGCAGGGGCCCUUCUGCAACUUAGUGGGAACAAACAGCACAAUACGAAGGUACAAAAGCCCAGUUCUGUCUGUAUACAUCAUUAUGCAUGCUGUUAGAAGGGUAUCCUUCAAUCGACAACAUAAGUCACAACAUUUCAUUAAUAUUUUAUUUAUAAUUAAUUCUAUUUAAUAUUUUAGUAUUACCAAUCAGCUGCUCUUUUGUUCCAUGACUCUCGUCUCUCAGUAUUGCGUUUUUUUCAGGAAGUGGAGGUCCAUGGUCCAUAACUGUUUUCUGCAUUUGUUCUGUAGUAUUUUUUUUUUUAUUUAUUUUUUUUUCCAAAAGAGUAAUAUGCACACAACUCGGUAUGCAGCUUCAGGUUAAUUUGUCUUGGUUACAUAAACAGCCUUAAUUUUUGUUUUAUUUUUAUAUUUCCCUUUUACUGCAUAUUGUUUUAACAGACAAAAUCAAAUGUAAAACGUUGCGACAGGAAAAAAAAUUCAAAAAUACUGUAUUGUACAGUCUUCAUUGUUAUGCUGUCAAUGGUACGAAAGUGAACUUUGUUGUCUGGUAAAAGGAUCCAUUCCUCGUGGAAUUACCAAAGCAAGUCUUAACUAGCACAGAUUGGCCAUUACAGCCCAGCUGUGGUUUUGUGAAAAGGUUUUACCCAAUGUCCAAAACUAUCUAAGACCCAGAUUGCCUCAAUGUGAUAUAAAAAAAAGAAAGGUACAGAAUAUUUUUUUGGCUAAUGUUAACAUAGUAUUUGUAGCUGUGAGACUGACCUUUAAGAAUUACACAAACAAAUUCUGUCAUACAUAAAAGCUUUAAAUCAGCCAAAUUGUUGAACUCCACAUACAUGCAUUUAAUAUCAGCUUUUUGCUAAUGAAUUUGAUCAAGCUGACUGCUUUUAGCCAUGAUUUUUAUUGAAUCGAACUUGAUUCAAGUGAUUACAUAGAGUACAGAUUUGCAGUGGUACAGCAUUAAUGUUUUUAUUACCCCUUUUUUAAUAGCUCAGAUGAUUUGUUCUUUU